AUGGACUCCACUGUUGCUUGCACCAUCAAAGAACUGGACAGCUCCGACAAGAAACCGUCUUCCUGCCGCCGUCUGGCUGCUUUCGCCAGCUUCGUGAAUCAACGAGAAUUGCACAUGCCACAUACUCAAGCGUUGAGGCAAUUCUCUAACCACCAAAUCCAUCGUCCGGAGUGUUGGGGGAGGUACUCGGGCUCGACAAGUCCAAUCGCAUCUCAUACUCUGCGAUCCAAUGUAGGGAUCCAGAGGAGGGGUGGUAG